GUUUGUGUAAAAGAUACAAGUAUACGAAUUGUCCAGUUUGUUAAUAUAUAAAAGGAAAAGUAUACAAGUCGCUGUGCGAAAUCUGCAAAACGCCGCGUGUGGUUGUCGUCCGGCGGCCAGGCGCUCCUGGCUAAGCUUACGAUUCGUCGCGAUACACUAAAGAAGCAGAAAAUUCUUGGAUAAUUUGUAAAUAAAUUAAUACAGAAUGUCUUCAAGAAGUAGAAACUCUGGAAGCAUGUCUUCAAAGGUUCCAUCCUCUGCUCGAUUGCGAAUGGAUAGAAAUCCUGUACAUGCAAGAAUCAAUGAUCCAAGUCUUCCAGCAACAAAACGUAGAGAAAUUGACAAUGUAAUAAGAAAAGCCAGAGCAUCUUCUUCAAAUGGACAAUGGGAUAAAAAAGUGAUUGAAGCUGAGGAACGUGAUCCAAAUAGGUGGCGCCAUACAGGAUACAAAAAGCUUUAUGUAGAUGGUGAUUCUAGUUCCGAUGAUUCCGUGCGUCACAGGUCACGCAGCAGAUCGCGCUCCAGGGGCCGACUUCGUUCUCCGAUCCAGCAGAGAAGGAGGACACCGCCUGCAUCACCGAUCAAAUCGAAGGAUUCGCGUGCGGCUGUCGCCAAGACUGACCAUCGGAGCAGAACGCAGCCCAGCAAGAGCAGGAGGCCUGCAUCUCCGAUAAGAAAUGCAAAGUCUCCAUCACGCAGUACUUUAAGUAGCUGUUCAGAUGAUUCUUGUUCUGUUUGCACCCCAAAAGCAAGAAGAAAUCGCAGAUCAAGGUCACGAUCAUAUUCAGUACCGCAUACAAAAUCUCACGCUUCUCAUGCUUCAGUAAAAUCAAAAGUACCUGCUUCUCGACCCAGACCUGCCAGUCCACCUCCAAAGUUUGCAGCUAAAACUAAGAGACGCCCAGAAAAGAGUGUAUCCGCAGUGAAAAGUCAUGGCAUAAGGGCAUCUACAGCAAAAGUAUCAUCCAGACUUCGUGUUGUUCCUCCAGAAAUACCUCACCAACCAACUAUAGUGACCAAGCGCAGAGUUCCAUCUGAUAUAAUACAUUCCAAAUCAUCUAAACCUGUUUUAAGGUCUCCUACAGAACCUAAAAAAGCUGAUAAAAUGAGGAUGCAGAUUCAUGUGAAACAAGAGCAUCCAUCAGGAAGUCACAGACAUGCAUCUCCUGCAGACAGCAGUGCAGGCUCCGACAGUUCUGAUUCAAUAACAUCAUGUCCAACAGCUUCAACUGCUAUCACCUUAUCUGAGAGGUUUGGUAAGAUGGCUCAAUUUGCAAUUGAUCGGCGUGAUAUAGAAAAUAUGAGAAUCACCAAAGACUCGGCUGGAGGAGAUCUGAAAGUUAUGAUUGAGGAUAAUUUCCGUGCUAAUUCUCCAAGAAGAUAUGGUUCUCCAGCCCCACCAGGGCAUUAUCCGGAUGAACUUGCUACUACUGGUCCUAUGGGCCUAUCUUCAUGGGAUGAUGUUAGGGUUCGUUAUGAAUACUACAAAGGACGUGGAUAUUUGAGGGAUUUAAACCUAGAAGAUUAUGUCAAGUGGGAAGAAUGGUGGUAUCGAUAUCAAGAUUGGCUUAAACAAGAACGAUAUUAUGAACACUGGCAGAGACAGGCACCACGCAGAAGACGCAAGCGUGUUCCUAUAUCUCAAAGGCUACAUUAGAUCUCUAUAUUGUUGUAAACCAUAGAUAUUUAAUUUAUAGAUUAUAUAGUUCAGUUUAUUAAGAAUUUAGGGACUAGCAAGGUUUUGACAUAAUGCUUUAUUGACGAUGGCAUAAGUUGUUACAAACUCUGAUGGGUGCUUUGAUAUUUUGCUGAAUAUUUUCAGUUUUUAUAGAGUAAUGAUAAAAGGUAAGAUGCGUCUUGUUACUAUAGUGAAUUUUAAUAUUAUGUAAUGAUUAAUUUGACUAAUAACACGUUUUAAUGAUUUAAAAAAA